UAAAUAUAAUGGACUGGACAGAGCAGAUCAGUCCAGACACACCAACGCGCGCACACAGCUCCACUGACCAGAACUCUGGGAUUAAGACACAACCCACACACCAUGUCUCAGCCCGUUGAGGUGAAGAAGAAGAAGCGUCCUGUGAUGAAGGAGGAGGACUUGAAAGGAGCCCGCAGCAAACUGGGGCUAAAGGGCGAGCCCAAGAGUAAGACCUAUGAGGUCAUGGUAGAGUGUGAGCGUAUGGGAAAGGUGGCUCCCUCAGUGUUCAGUGGGGUGAAGUCUGGAGGAGAGACUGUACUGGAGAAGCCUAAAGCCCCAGGAGCCAGCAUCUUUGGCAAGUAGAGCCGUCCAGUGUGGAGUGUUGGCUAUCAUCACUGCGCUAGAGUCUAGAGGAGAGACGGGACAGACGCAUCAAUGGACAAACGGCAAUGAAGAAGCCAAACCUUGCUGUUAUUGAAUGGUUUGAUACCUGUUUUUCCAUUUUCAGCACGGAAAUAGGCCCAUCUCAUUUUGAGCAGAUUGUUCAUAGUAGGGUUUGUUCAUACUGUAUGAUGACUGUUUAUGAUUGAUUGAGAAUUAAGGGAAAUUCCAGCAUCAUGGAUAUGAUAUUUGCACACACAAUGAAAAACAAAAUGUCUCACAGAGUUGACUUAUCAGGUAGAAAUGAAAGUGCUAUCAUGAUUGCCUUACGCAGCAAUGCUGACUGAUCAUGUCAUGACGUGUCUGUAACGGUCACAUUCGUUAUGCUUAGAAUGAGUACCUACAGAGAGGAAGGAAACCAAUUAUACAUCACAUAAGCCCUUGAUGAAGUUAGCUUUGCACAGAAAGUUUGUGUAAAAUCAUACUCAAAACAUGUCCACAAUAACAACCUUUCCUCAAAAACAUUACGGUUGUGACACUGCCUGUCCAAAUCAGCAUUCUAUCUUCACUAGACUGUAUAAUUCUAUACUAGCAAUCAAAGGACACAUGUGUUUCAUUAACCUUCCGGCUUGGUCAGAAACAGAGGGACAGAUGUUAGUACCAAAACAAGUUCUGUGAGCCAUUACCAAAAGUUAUGAAAUAUGGUUGACUGAAAAUACUUAUUUUGAGACUUUGUAGCCUACUUUGUAGUAACAUUAAAUUUGGCAAAUAUAAAGGCCAAAUGUAGUCUUUACUUCAAAAUACACACAUUCAAAUAGAAUUUUGUUGGUCACAUAUUUUGCAGAUGUUAUUGGGGGUGUAGCGAAAAUAUGGUAAAUAUUUUCUCUAAAUAUGAAAGUUUAAUUAGGAAAUAAGCUAGUUUUUCAUGUUCGGGUUGACCUUACUAUGAAGUUGCUCAAAUUGUAAAUGCUGAAAUAUUUGUCUUAUGUUUUUAUAAACAAAUGAAUGACUUCCCUACU